GUGGUACUCAGACAUGGUCAUUAGUGCGACCCACAACUAUGACCAAGUCGAAUUGAAUGUUAAAUGUAUACGUCCAGUCCCCGUCCACUCAUUUUGUUAAAUCACGUACCAAGAAAUAUCUAUGUGUUGACUUUCAAUUAACGAAGUCCAAGUCUUUGUCCACCCCCUCUGCAAUUUCCGGACUUUUUUUUUUCAUAAUCUCUUCCUCACUUUGAUCAUUUCCAAAACCUCUCAUUAGCCCAUCUCAGCACCCCACACACACAAAAAAAAUAAUGUAUUUCAAUGUCCUCUCAAUUACCAUCCCUCUCUGCUUGUUACUCAAUCAAAUUCUUUUUUCUGUUGCCACCACCAAAUCAUCUGUUCUUUAUCACCCAAUUGACAACAUCGCCGUCAACUGCGGCUCCUCCGGCAACUCUACUGCAGUAGAUGGCCGGCAAUGGACCGGAGAUAUCGGUUCGAGUUAUGCCCCUUUAUUACAUAGUAACAAAGGAAAAUUGAUUAGCUCAAAAGCGACUAGCCCACCACUUUCUCCUGAUCCAGUGCCUUAUAUGUCGGCCCGGCUCUCCCGUUGGCCUUUCACAUAUGCAUUCCGAGUCUCCCCGGGCCAAAAGUUUAUCCGCCUACAUUUCUAUCCAACUACAUACCGGGGUGGUUUUAAACGGUCUAAGGCCUUUUUUACUGUAAAAGCUGGUCCAUAUACCCUUCUUAGCAACUUUAGUGCUUCCCUUACAACUGAUGUUUCAGGCUUGGACUCUCUUGUUAAAGAGUAUUGUGUGAAUGUGGAAGAAAAUCAGCCACUAAUCAUAACGUUCUCUCCCUCAUUAGGUGGUUCUUCUGAUGAGGCAUAUGCUUUUGUCAAUGGGAUCGAAAUCGUUUCGAUGCCGGCUGGACUUUAUCAUACACAAGAGGGUGAUACAGGUGCACAUGUUGUCGGCCAGAAUUUUCAACUCCCAAUUGAUAAAAGCAUUGCACUCGAGAUGGUGCAUCGGUUAAAUGUUGGUGGAACAGCCAUCUCAUCCAUAGAAGAUACAGGUUUGUUUCGUGAUUGGUCUCAGGACUCAAAUUUUUUGAUGGAAACAUCAUAUGUCCAGCCAGUUACUACCACCCUUCGCAUCAAAUACACAAGUAUACCAUCAUGCACUGCUCCUCAGAAAGUUUACCAAACAUCAUGGUCAAUGAUUAUAGACAGGCAAGGGAACGGUACCUUUAAUUUUACGUGGAAGUUUCCUGUCGAUUUGGGAUUCAGGUACCUGCUCAGGUUACAUUUUUGUGAAUUUGAGUACGAGAUAGAAGAGAGUGACGACAAAAAAUUUAGUAUCUUUGUCAAUGAACAUGUGGCGGACGCUAAAGCUGAUGUUAUCAAAUGGAGUGGUGGAAACAGGGUUGCGGUGUAUAGGGACUAUGUGGUGAUGAUGGAAGGAGAUAGAAUGGAGGGAAAACACAAUUUUUUCAUAACAUUCUUCCCUCACAACAAUGAAUGGAUUGAAAACAUUCAUGCAGUACUGCGGGCGUUGGAGGUAUUCAAGUUGAGCAACCCCGACAAAAAUCUUGCUGGGGUGAACCCGAUGCCCCUGGCACGUGCUUCGACAUCUAGUAAUGCAACUCCCCGAAAGUUUGUCUAUGCUUCAAGUGGAAAUACCAUUGCAACUGUUUUAGUAAUUUUACUCUCCAUUCUGAAUAUACUUGUUUACAAAUUACGUGUUUGGGGUGAGAAAGUUGGCAAAAAGAGGAUCUCACCAUUACCAUCGGAAGGGUUGUGUCAUCGCUUCUCACUUUCUGAGGUCCUCUCGAUGACCAACAACUUUGAUGAUGAAUUGGUCAUUGGAAGUGGUGGAUUUGGUAAUGUCUAUAAAGGGUUCAUUGACAAUGGAACAACUAUUUUUGCCUUAAAGAGGUUGAAAUCUAAGUCUAACCAAGGCGCAGACGAGUUUCGGACAGAGAUUGAGAUGCUUUCUAACCUUCGGCACACGCAUCUCGUGAGUCUUAUAGGCUAUUGCGAUGAACGGCAGGAGAUGAUCCUUGUUUAUGAGUACAUGGAGCAUGGUACACUUGCCGAUCAUCUUUAUAAGCUUUAUACUUUUGGUAAUGGCACUAAUUGUCAUCUGUCAUGGGACCAAAGGGUGAAAGUUUGCAUCGGUGCUGCUCGCGGACUGGAUUAUCUCCAUACAAGUACUCGACACGGUAUCAUACACCGCGAUGUUAAGACGACAAAUAUUCUUCUAGACAAGAAUUGGGUAGCCAAGAUUUCAGAUUUUGGGUUGUGCAAAGAGGGCAGUACAAGCCAUUCCCACUCUCAUGUUAGCACUGUUGUUAAAGGCACAUUUGGUUACCUGGAUCCAGAAUAUUUCUCAACUCAUAGACUAACUAAGAAAUCAGAUGUGUAUGCAUUUGGUGUCGUGUUGUUAGAAGUGCUUUGUGGGAGGCCGGCCGUGGAUUUAAGUCUGGAGGAGGAUCAACACAGUCUAGCAGUGUGGGCUAAACAAUGUAUCAAAGAGGAAAAACAUGAUCAACUUAUUGACCCCAGUUUGAGGGACCAAAUCUUGCCACAGUGUUUGAAGGUGUUUACAGAAGUUGCUAAUAAAUGCUUGCAUAAGCAUCCAAGUGGACGGCCUACCAUGACUGAUGUCGUGGCGAGCCUCGAGUGCAUGUUGGCUUCACAGGAGCAACCGAGAAAUGCUUGUACAGAGGAGGAGGAGGAGAAAGGGGAGGAAGAGGAGGAGGAUGUCAAUGUUCAUGGGGAUCCCAACCAGCUGAUUUAUUACAAUGAUAUGAACAAACAGCAAACUGAAAUUUUUCCACAAGGUAUUGUUGCCUCCUCAUCCACUCCGGUGCAGCUUAAUGAUAAUACCCAUCCACAUGGUAUUGUUGCCUCCUCAUCCACUCCGGUGCAGCUUAAUGGUGAUACCCAACGCCAGAAGAGGUCGAGGAAAAAUCUGUCUCAAAGGGUUAGUGUAUUUUUAGCUGGAGUUAUGGGUAUCCGGUCGAUGGGAAUAGAUGACGUAGAGAUUCGAACUACAGCCACAAACGAUUCGACCAGCCAAGAUGAAAGCAACAUCACUGGCAACUGGCAGAUCUCUUCAGGGAGUGACACUGAUAUGCCAUAUUUGGAUGGGCGGAUCUUACCCACCCCAAAUUUAAGGAUAUUCAGUUUCUCAGAAUUGAAGAAUGCAACCAGAAACUUCGAUACAUUGUUGGGAGAAGGACGUUAUGGCAAAGUUUAUAGGGGUUGGCUUGAUGCGGAACUGACAUCAAGCAACGGUAGUGGAUUUGUUGUUGCGAUAAAACGGAUGUACAGAUGCCGGUAUAUUAAGCAUACGCUCGGUCCCUUGUGUGGGCUUUCUCAUUCUAACCUUGUUAAGAUAUUGGGGUACUAUUGGGUAGAUCAAGACCCAUAUUACGAUCAAAAGCUAUUCCUUGUCUAUGAAUUAAUGCAAAACGGCAGCUUGGAGCAGCACCUUUUCGGAACGGGCUCUGCUGUUCAAUGGGAUAUUCGGCUUAAGAUACUAAUAGGAGCAGCCCAAGGCCUGGCAUUUUUGCACGCAUUAGAAACACCAGUAAUUUGCAGAGAAUUCAAGGCCUCAAAUAUAUUGCUUGAUGAGUCAUUCAAUUCCAAGAUCUCGGACUUCAGCUAUGGAGAGUUGGAUUCCCCUGAAAAAUGUUGUGGGUAUGUGCCAACAAGAUAUCCAGUGAUGCAUCCUGUCUACGAAGCCCCAGAAUAUGUUUUCACAGGUUAUGUGCAUGUGAAGGGCGAUGUGUAUAGUUUUGGUGUUGUAUUGCUUGAGAUGCUUACGGGGUUACGUGCACGUGAUACGAAUCGUCCGCGUCGGCAACAUAAUCUGGUAGACUGGGUCAAGCGCUAUUUAACUAAUAGAAGAAAGUUAGCAACCGUAAUCGACACCAGGUUGGAAGGGAGAUAUCCUGAGGAAGCUGCCCUGCAAAUAGCUCAUCUUGCUCUACGUUGUCUCGAAGAUGAACCCAAAGCAAGGCCAUCAAUGAAACAAGUCGUGGAGACACUGGAAAGUAUCAGCGCAAGCCAUGGAAAACCCUUGGGAGCUUAGAAUUAAUUCCCCAAGCCAUGAUACGUAAACCUGUGGGUCAAACUUCAUUUACACUCCAUGGUUUGCUGCUUGUGCGGAUACUCACCCUCAUAUCAUUUAUUAGUGCAUAACUCCCUUUACUUUAUGGACUAAUUUGCACCGUUAAGUUUUCCAUCAAUGAAUAUUUUUUAAGACAA